AUGGUAGUGAAAGCUAUAAGUCAAAACUCUAUCGCACGUAAUGGUGUAGGUGCUUUCGUUUUUCCAUGCAAAAAGAUCACAUUGCAGUAUUGCAAUUGGGGUGGCUCUUCCCAAGGUAUGCGUAAAUUUUUGGUGUCGAAAAGGCUGGAUCUUUUGGGCCAGAAGUUUCCCCAUAUCCAGUUCGAAAUAUUGAGAAAGUCUGGGCAUCCAUUAUUGAGGGCUCAGUAUUCAAAUGGGCGUGAGAAGGUCAUUUGCGUGAGGAAUUUAAAUAUUGAUAAUGUUGAAAAUAAAUUGAAGCUACUUAAGGAUUCAAGUGGUGAUGUACUACGCAGAAGGACGAAGAAUGAUAAUGUCGAAACCUUGAACGAUAGUGUAAGAGGUAUAUGGUCACCACUACAUUCUCAAAUGAGGUACAAAGUCUAG